AUGCCCGUUGACCUGUUAGACGGCCUGAAGCGGUCACGAGCCGGGACCCGAGCAGCAGUCACUCGCACCGUCAAUCGACUACGUGAACCCCGGACAGGGGAGGUUUCCCUCGAAGAUGUUGAAGUCGACGUCGAGUAUUUAGUGGUGAGGAAGGCUGCGCUGCAAGACUUGGACAGUCAGAUCCUGGCGCUGACCGGCGAAGAGCAGUAUGACCAGGAAGUCCAAGGCAUCCUGGAAUGCGAGCAGCAGCUCGAAGCCGCCAUCACGCGCGCGAGGCGGGUCCUUCGAACGGCAGGACAGCUCACAUCGCCAGUUGCGCCGUCUGCCGCACUGGGCGAUUCCACUCCUAGAGAAUCAACCAGCCGUUCUGUUUCCUUGCCGAAGCUGCAAAUUCCAAAGUUCGGAGGGAAGUUGCAAGACUGGGCCAGGUUCUGGGAACACUUCCAGGCAACGAUCCACAACAACGGUGCGCUAGCUACAGUGGAGAAGUUUAAGUAUCUCCUGUGUUACGUUACCGAUGAGGCCAAGCGCGCUAUUGAUGGGAUCAGCCUUAGUGGAGCGAAUUACCAGAUAGCUGUUGACGCCCUGAAGCAGCGGUUCGGACGAACCGAUCUCCUUGCAGCCGAGCACGUCGACAAGCUGUUGUCGCUCCGCGCAGUGCAAGGUUCUGGGUACGUGACUCAGCUACGUCACUUGUUCGACGAAGUCUCGCGCCACACGAGGGCCCUGGAAUCACUGGAGAUUCCGCAGUCUGGCUAUGAUGUCGUGCUCUAUAGGGUUGUUACUCGCUGCCUUCCACCCGAUCUCUUCGUGCUGUUUCGGCAGAGAAGGAAGGAAUUGGCCUCUCCUAGCGAGAGCGGAACAGCGCCCUCCACAGAGUCUACUCGCAUGUCGCCCACUGCCGCGGAGGUUCACGCACUGAUGGAUUUCCUACUCAUUCAAGUGGAAGCAAGGGAAGAAGUCGCUCUUCACCGGCCUCGGCAUACGCCUCCGGUCCACGCGGAAGACGAAGCGCCAGCCCCCUUUCCUUCGGCCGCAGCGCUGCCAGCUGGUGUGCGCACAGACUCCACACGCCCUGAUGGAGCUCCACCAGCACCACCGUCCGAUGUCGCUUCGUGUGCCCUUUGCCGCGCGUGCGAUCACCGCACGGCGACUUGUCCAGCGCCGCUCACACCCGAGGGAAAACGGCGAAGCCUCACGUCAGCGCGUCGAUGCUUCCGCUGUGCCAAGCGGAACCACUUGGCCCGUCAGUGUCGCUCUUCAGCUAGUCUCACGUGUACCAGAUGCCACGGACAACAUCUGACUGUGCUCUGCGACAUACAAUCGAAACGCGAAACGCGACAGCGCACCGCCAGGAGCGUUGGAUCGGCUUCAGCAUCGCCAGCGCAAACACCUGAAAUCCAAGCCACCACCGCGUCAACCUCGUCUACUGUCACAUUUCUGCAGACCGCUGUGGUUCAGGUUGCCGGCCCUGGCGGAUCCGCGUCCGUACGUAUUCUUCUCGACAACGGAAGUCAGAGAACAUUCAUCACCGAGGAACUCGCUCAGCGGCUUCGAUGCCCGGGAUUGGCAUACGAAAACAUGUAG